CCUUCUCGCAGCCCGCUCUUUGCGCCCCAGGAACCGCCGCGGCGGCCGGCACAGCAGCACCGAAAGCCGCGAGCACCACCUGGGCCCAGCUCCAGCCAGGCGCGGGAGCGGCUUCAGCACCGCGGACAGCGCCCCGCCCGCGGCGCGCUCCAGCUGCUCUAGGCGAGGCGGCGAGCUAUGCUCGAGGCAUGGCCGGGCACUCCGGCCCCAUGGCGCUGCUCCUCAGCUUUGGCCUCCUUGGGCUGUGCUCAGGAGUCUGGGGUACAGACACGGAGGAGCGGCUGGUGGAGCAUCUCCUGGAUCCUUCCCGCUACAACAAGCUUAUCCGCCCAGCCACCAAUGGCUCUGAGCUGGUGACGGUACAGCUCAUGGUAUCACUGGCCCAGCUCAUCAGUGUGCAUGAGCGGGAGCAGAUCAUGACCACCAAUGUCUGGCUGACCCAGGAGUGGGAGGAUUAUCGCCUCACCUGGAAGCCUGAGGAGUUCGACAACAUGAAGAAAGUUCGGCUCCCUGCCAAACACAUCUGGCUCCCAGAUGUAGUCCUAUACAACAAUGCUGAUGGCAUGUAUGAGGUGUCCUUCUAUUCCAACGCCGUGGUCUCCUACGACGGCAGCAUCUUCUGGCUACCGCCUGCCAUCUACAAGAGCGCAUGCAAGAUUGAAGUAAAGCACUUUCCAUUUGACCAGCAGAACUGCACCAUGAAGUUCCGCUCGUGGACCUAUGACCGCACUGAGAUCGACCUGGUGCUCAAGAGUGACGCAGCCAACUUGGACGACUUUACACCCAGUGGCGAGUGGGACAUUGUGGCGCUGCCGGGCCGGCGCAAUGAGAACCCAGAGGACUCCACUUACGUGGACAUCACGUAUGACUUCAUCAUCCGCCGAAAGCCACUCUUCUACACCAUCAAUCUCAUCAUCCCCUGCGUACUUAUCACCUCACUAGCCAUCCUUGUCUUCUACCUGCCGUCUGACUGCGGGGAGAAGAUGACGCUGUGCAUCUCUGUGCUGCUGGCGCUCACCGUCUUCCUGCUGCUCAUCUCCAAGAUCGUGCCGCCCACGUCCCUCGACGUGCCGCUCGUCGGCAAGUACCUCAUGUUCACCAUGGUGCUCGUCACGUUCUCCAUCGUCACCAGUGUGUGCGUGCUCAACGUGCACCACCGCUCGCCCACCACGCACACGAUGGCACCCUGGGUCAAGAUCGUCUUCCUGGAGAAGCUGCCCACGCUGCUCUUCAUGCAGCAGCCGCGCCACCGCUGCGCCCGCCAACGCCUGCGCCUGCGGCGGCGCCAGCGCGAGCGCGAGGGCGCGAGUACCGUGUUCUUCCGCGAAGCCCCGGGGGCCGACUCCUGCACGUGCUUCGUCAACCGCGCCUCGGUCCAGGGCUUGGCUGGGGCCUUCGGGGCUGAGACCGCGCCGGAAGCCGGCCCGGGGCGCUUCGGCGGGCCGUGUGGCUGCGGCCUCCAGGAGGCAGUGGACGGCGUGCGCUUCAUUGCGGACCACAUGCGGAGCGAGGACGACGACCAGAGCGUGCGUGAGGACUGGAAGUAUGUCGCCAUGGUGAUCGACCGCCUGUUCCUUUGGAUCUUUGUCUUCGUCUGUGUCUUUGGCACCAUUGGCAUGUUCCUGCAGCCUCUCUUCCAGAACUACACUGCCGCCACCUUCCUCCACGCAGACCACUCGGCUCCCAGCUCCAAGUGAGGCCCUCCCCAGCUCCAUGCUCCUUCACCCCCUUGCCUUCUGUUGUACAAUAUUUUGGGUGGAGGAGGGACGAGUGAGCUACCAGGAAGAGGAGCGCUGCCCCCUCAGAUCCAUCCUUUCACUUCAACUGGAGCCCCUCCCCCCACACCUCCACCCGCACACAGCCGGCACCAACCCGGAGGCUAGACCAGCUGCCUUGUGUUUUGGCUGCUCUCCUUCUCCUCUUGUGCCAACCCAGGCAAUAGUGUUGCUGGUGGAGGAUGAAGGCUGAGAAGUGGAGCACAGAGAUGUUGGAGCCUUCCAUCCUGAGGAAAGUGUGAUGGGGAAGGGGCCGAGAGGGUGACAGAAUCAUUCGCUGCCUCUAAGUCCUGGGAGAAGGGGCAUGUGGGAGGAGAGAAGGAGGGACAGGGGCUCUGACUCUGUGCUGGGCUGGCCUGACACAACGGUAGCUCAGAAGGGAGGAGCAGGAGGAGGGAGGCCUGAGUGUGACCUGACAUCUGUCCCUGCUUAAGUGGACAGCAGCUGGGCUGGGUGGGCCUCACAGCGGGCAGAGGUUCCUGCCCAGAGGGUUAACUUGAUGCUGCGGUCAAACUCCUUCCAGCCCAGCCCCAGGUCCUCUUCUCCCUGUGAAGAAUUCUCUGCCCCCCUUGGACUUCCCUCUCCUUCUUUUCUUGCUCUGGCUGGGGUGUGACGGGCAAGGCUGGGCAUUAGGGGAGCC